GGUCUGUGUCAGAUGCGAAGCGAAACAGCACCUUCUGCGUUUGUUAUUCAAAUGUGUCCCCAGAGCAUCGCACCCAACAGACAAAGACAGUUUGUUUUUUAUGUUUUAGCUGAAUAAUAACCUCGACACGUGAAUGCUGAAGAUCGGGUUUGUUUUGUCGCGUUUGUAGCCCGUUUGGUGGGUAACAUUAGCUGAUCGCGCUGUCCUAACGUUGCGCUUGGAAACAUGAGCGCGGAUCUUUUGUCAGAUUUGGACUCUCGUUUCUUCGCGGAUAACCUCUUGACGAGCGAGGACUGGGAUGCCUGUUUGUACCAGUUUGAAAACAUGGAGGAGGGAGACGAGAGCCCAGCGCUCAGAUACGACACAGAGUUUGAACGUGACCUGGUGCUGACCCUUGACCCUGACAAUCGCUCGUCGCCAUGGAGACAUCUCGACGACAACCUCCUCACAGGUGAAGCCCCGGUGAUGAAGAGUGAGAUGACGAUCGCUCAGCCGCUGCCUGUCGACAUGUUGUUUCAGAUCAAAACAGAGCCACCCUCUCCCUCCUCCAGCCCUCAAUCCCAGUGUCCCUCACCAGAUCCACAGAUUCUGGUGAAAGGAGAGACCCCCCCGACCCCACCGUACAUGUUUGGGGAUGUGCUGUCUCCUCCGCUAGGGUCACUAGAGGUGACUGUGGCCACCUCAGCUGUCAAUCAACAGACCUCAGCACAAACGCCAAUGCAAAAUGCCAUACAGACUGGCCUACCUGCUCAGUUACAGGGGCAAAUACAGGGGCAGGUACAGACCGUCAAUGCAGCAGUCACUCUGCACACCCAGAACACAGUCCUGUCCAGUUCAUCGGUGUCCAAGAGCAGGUGUAAGGUCCCUCUGCAGCCACGCCCCGUGUGUGUGACCUCUGCCCCAGUGUCAAGCUCCUCUCUGCAGACACCGAGCUCUGGAGGGACCCUGCUGCUCCAGGGCCUGACCCCCAUGGACCAAACAUACCCAGUGGUACUGUCUCCGUCCGUCUGUCUCUCCUCGGCUCCCGCCAUCGUCAAAGUCGAGCCGCUCUCUCCCAGCAUGCCUCAGUGCACCGCAGCCCUGCCCACCAGCAAACCCAUCGUCCCAGCGACCGCUAAUCUGUCCAGCAAUGGCACCAAUGACAUUGACAUGAAGGUCCUGAAGCGGCAGCAGAGGAUGAUAAAGAACAGAGAAUCGGCCUGUCAGUCCAGGAGGAAGAAGAAAGAAUAUCUCCAAAAUUUGGAGGCUCAACUCCGAGAAGCUCAACAGGAGAAUGAGAGGCUGAGGAGGGAGAACCAGGAGCUAAAGGACAGGCUGGCUGGGAAGGAGGGCAGUGAUUCAAUGAGUAACAAACGCGCCAUCUGCGUCAUGGCUGUUCUGUUGUUUAUGACCUUCAGCUUUGGACCUGUCAGCAUUACAGACAGGAAAUGGGCAGACUUUGGUGACAAUGCGGUUUCCUACACGGGACGAAAGCUACUACAACAAAAUCAAAAACAAAACCACAAACCAACGAAUCUUUUACCAAAACGAACAGUGGAGCGACCACAGACAGAGGAGAAGAAGGAGCGAUGGAGGGCAGAAGAGGAGAAGUUUAACACUGAGACAUACCACUUCAGGAACCUGAGCGAUGCUUUCACCGACAUGAAAGACCUGGUUCUUCAGGACAUUGACAGGUUUUUCUCAUCCUCAGACUGUCGCCAGUUCAACCGCUCUGAGUCCCUCAGGCUGGCGGAUGAGCUCAGGGGCUGGGUUCACCGGCACCAAAUUGACAGGAAAAAGUCUGGAGACAAACCGAAGAUCGUAAAGAAGGCCAAGAUUGCUCAGAAAGCUCAACUGAGGAAGGCCAACAUCUCCAGAUACCUACCCAUCCAGUCCCACCGCUCCAUCGAGAGUCAGCUACAGGUCCUGUCUGGUCCAGAGGUGACAUACAGUGACUUCCUGGACGCCAUUGACCGCAGGGAAGACACUUUCUAUGUGGUUUCAUUCAGACGAGACCAUCUGUUGCUGCCGGCAAUAAGCCACAACAAAACCACUCGGCCCAAAAUGUCCCUGGUGAUGCCCGCCAUGUCUGUGAAUGAGAGCCUGUACAACUCAUCACAGGGCUAUGAGAUGAUGAUGCAGGUGGACUGUGAGGUCAUGGAUACUCGAAUCGUCCCCAUAAAGUCCUCUGCGGUGCCUCCCUCUCUCCGAGAACCACCCCCUCCCCGAUCACCACAUCACCACGGCAACGCGCAGCACCAGCACCAUCACCAUGGCAACCACACCUCACACCACCAUCAUCAGCACCCGGCCCCUGCCACUGCAGCCUCCUCCACCAAUCACAGGGCUCCGCUUCAGCGUCGCCGCCCGGUUGAGUUCCUCAUUGGCCAGUCAGAGGUCUAAGAGAUCAGAUGGGUGUGCUUAAGGUUUGCCUGCCAGCUUUCUAUAUCCCUGUGUGUCAGAUGCCCUCCCAUCCCCCUGUAUCCCUAUGUGUCAGAUGCCCUCCCAUCCUCCUGUAUCCCUGUAGUGUUAGACUGAGAUAGGGCAAGUCACAUGUCUCUAGUUAAUCUGCAGAUGUUGUGGUUGGACGAAUACAGCAGGAGAAUGGACCUUGUCACUGAUAGAAAUGAUCAGGGAAAACAUUUGUGGAUUAGGCUUUUGGAGAUUUCUGAUGAAAAUACCAGAGAAUGAGACAGAAUCCUGCCUCUGCUCCAUGUGAGAGAGAGACAUCAUUCCACUGCCUAAAUGUGUACAAUACAGAAGACUAUAUACUAUUGACCAUUUUUCUGACCUCUUUUGGCAGUAACUGCAAAACAAAGCUGUACACUUCAAAUGACUGAAUCAUUUUAUUUUAGGGACUUUAGUCAGAACACGUCUCUUCCUUUGUCCUGAGUGCUUGCCUUUAUGCAAAUACAGUUUUAAUGUUUCUAAUAUAUUUGUAAGUGCCAGUGGUUUCUUCUGUAUCAUUUAAACAAACAAUAAUAA